AUGCAGCUGUUUCCUCUUGGCGUGUUAAUCGCCUUCCUGGUUUCUCUAGCAGGAGCGGUGUCAACUUUUUCUCCUGCACGACCUCCUGCGCUGCCCUUGGCAGUAAAGUCUCCUUACUUGAGCACCUGGCUUUCUGCAGGAAGUGAUGGAGGUAACGGUGGCUAUUUGGCCGGCGAAUGGCCAACUUUUUGGGAGGGCCAGAUCAAUGGCUGGGCUGGGCUAAUCCGUGUCGACGGUGCUGUGUACACAUGGAUGGGUUUGCCUGGAACGACAACUGCCAACCAGACUGCAUAUGAAUACACCUCGACAAAGAGCAUCUUCACAUUUCAUGUGGGAGAUGCUGUGGAGAUGAAAGUCACUUUUUUGUCUCCCAUAACGCCGAAUGAUCUACGAAGGCAGUCAUUGACAUUCUCCUAUGUUCACGUCGAAGUUUCGUCAUCUGACGGCCAUUCUCACGACGUACAGCUCUACUCUGACAUUUCUGCCGAAUGGGUGUCUGGAGACCGCACUGCUGUUGCGGAGUGGGAGUAUGGUGUCACAAGCCACGGGGUUGCUUAUCACAAGGUCUACCGUCAGACCCAACUGCUUUUCUCGGAAGUCAGAGAUCAAGGGGAAUGGGGUAACUGGUACUGGGCAACUGAGGAUAGCGAGAAAGUGACGCACCAGUCGGGGGCUGAUGUUGCUGUUCGGGGUGCAUUCGCCGCUAAUGGAACCUUGGGUAACUCGAAAGACUCAAAUUAUCGAGCCAUCUCCACAAAUUGGCCGGUUUUCGGGUUUGCAAUUGACCUGGGUUCGGUUACAUCGUCCUCAGUCGAUACACGCUUCACUAUUGGGCUUGCUCAAACUGAAGCGAUCCAAUACAGCAGCCCCGAUGGCAUUCGGGCAGAGCCCUCCUUGUGGACAAGCUAUUUUGACGACGACUUGGCUGCUGUGAGCGCUCUUGCCAUCUGA